AUGCAGGCCGAGAACCCGGUGGACUCAGAUGAAUUUGAAGGCUCUGAACUUUCUGAUGGUACCAAUGGCUCUGAAGAUUCUUCAUUCACAGUUUACUCGGUAGAUCCGGAAGAGCAUGAUUAUGUUUGUCUCCGCAGCGGAGAUGAUCACGAUUUUUGGAUUCCGUACAAGUGGGCCUGCCGCUCGGACGUUCUAAAGGAUAUCAUCACCACUGGAGCCCCAGAACACAAGGUCAACGAUACGACCUACAAAUUCCGAGAGUCUUCUGCAGUAAUGCGCAUAGUCGUUUGCUACUUGGGAUAUAGUCACCGCUACAGAGAACACCUACCAUCGACGUCUUUCGAGGUCGAGGAGGACCUAGCCCUGCCCUGCCUCGAGGCUGCCACCUUUUUCGGACUC